GGCAGCGAAAAAACAGAAAACGACGGAUGAAGCCAAAGAAGAGUACAGUCGUAAGCUGGCUAUCUACAGGAGGUGCCUAAUGGAGAGGGAGAAGUGGAUAACCGCGCACAAGCAAACAACAGUACAUGCGAUCGCUGUUCUCCGGGACUCCGAGCUUGUGCUGCCCUGCUUCCACUUGAGCCCGGAGGAGCAGACUGAAGUGGAAGAGGUCUGGAAGCCGAAUGAGACGUUCAUCGGAAAAAAGACACGUCAAAUUAUCGACAAAGUGAAGGAGGUGCGUGUGUUGCUAAGAACAAAAGCUCGGUCCAUGAGCUUACUUCUCAUUAUCUCAGAUGGUACGAAGCUAUUUAUCCUGUCACAAGUUGAGCGCCACAAAAAGGAGCAGAAAAAUGAAUGGAAUUAUAUAUGGGAAAAGGCCGAUUUUAGUACAAAAUUUCAUGGGCAGUGGCGAAGUGUAGUGGAUAUCGAUCCAUCACUUUCAGUGGUCCAAAAAACAGUAACUCUUAUCAAGAGAUUUAUGACACGCGAGAAGAACCAGGCAAAGCUUGGCGAUCUCUUUGAGCUCAUCUUGCCUAAAGCGGGUCGCAGGGAAAUGGGAUGGUACCGCUGUGUGAGGAAGUCAACCAAUGCAACGCGCAUCGCAAACAUGUAUUACGUGGAUGUGAUCACUAACUCGACCCCUGAAAUCGCAAUGGAGUACGAUUUCGGAAGUCUGAAGCUGCGCUCACGUGCGCUGGCCACGCCAUGGAGUGAGUGCAAUCGCUGUGGCACGUCAAAAGGCGAAAAGAGACGCAAAAUCGUUUGCUAUUUGUCGGUAAUGAGUGUUGCAACGUCACUCUGUUAACA